AGAGAGAGUGUAGAGGGUGUAUAUAGGCAUGCAAGUUAGAAUCAAGGGAAGGAGUGACGGGAGAGAAGGAAGCAGAAGUCAGGUGCUUUUUCUUAGCACUGAUACACUCCCCACAAACACACACAGAUACACACACAUUGAAGGAACUACUUCUACUGUAGCAGUGCACUGAUACACACUCUGUGUGAGUGUGUUUCCUGCCCUUGCAGCGACAGAGGGGAUCUCUGAGGAUACACGGAUGAGAAAGAGGUGUGGGGGAACGCAAGGAAGAGGAGCCCGAGUGUGUCUCGCCCCGGGGGGAGCUCAUACACACGCCACAGACUGCACACACACUCCAGCGGGCUCUCAGGCACUGUUUCCCUGACAACUAGAAUGGGCUGCAAUUUGUGCACAUUGCAGAAACGGGAGGAACACUACAAACUGCUGUAUGAGAUUGCACAGGUAAAUGCUCGAGACUUCUCCAAGGUCGACCAUGGCGAGGCAGUGGUGGAGGCCAUCAGGCGAGACCCCAUCGUUGUUCAAGUUCUUAGGCGGACCCCAACCAGAGCCACGAAUCACAGUGGAAUGCCAGAAGAUGUGUGUGUGGUGGAUGUUUGCACACAGACAGACAUCACCUUCGAGCACAUCAUGGCACUGGCUAAGCUCCGGCCUGCGACUCCACCCGUCCCUGAUAUCUGUCCUUUUCUUUUGUCUGACAGCUGUCAUUCAAUUCACACCAUGGAACAUGAGUAUUAUGAAUGUCCAGAGUACCUGUCCAAUACCCCAGCAGAGGUGGAGAGAACUGAAGAGUACGAGUAUGAGGAAGUGGAGCUGUGCAGGAAGAACAGCCAGGAGAAGCUUGGCUUGACGCUGUGCUACAGAACUGACGAUGAGGAGGACACUGGCAUCUAUGUCAGCCAGGUGGAGCCAAACAGCAUAGCAGCAAGAGAUGGACGCAUUAAAGAAGGAGAUCGUAUUCUACAGAUAAAUGGCUGUGAAGUUCAAGACAGAGAGAAAGCCGUUGCCUUGCUGUCAAGUGAAGAAGUAAGGAGCAUCAUACUUCUGGUGACAAGACCAGAAAUUCAGCUGGAGGAGGAGGUAUGGCUGGAUGACGAGCAGCAGCAGCUUGUAGAGGAGCUGAAGAUGGAGAUCCUAGAGGAGAGAAGGAAGCAGAAGGAGCACAACUUUGACAGGGGAGAUGAGAUUGAAGAAGAGACGACAGACACAGCAACCUAUUCCUCAAACAAUCAAGACAAAGACAGUGGCUUUGGACGCAGUACAGACAGUCCAGAGCACCAACCACUUCUAGCUAGAAUUCACAGGAGGACCCCAGCACACUGCCUUAGGGAACGAUGGCGGGCAGAGCAUCCACACACAAGACGAGGGACUGUAGUGCCGCCGGACGCUCAGGGUCCAAGGAACCCGUCAAAAGGCCAUGAAGGGGUAAUCAGUAUUCGCAAUGGCGGAGGAGGAAUUCUAGGGUUAGAGAAUCGCUUCGAGCAACUCCUUGAGCUCAAAUGUCAAAUCCGUAAUGGAGGAGAGUGUGGGGUGUACUCCAUCCGACACAGUAUAGAGUGUAGUCUCACUGAGCAAGCGGGAGGGGAUGCAGAUGAUGUGGAUGAUGAAGAUGGAGGUACAGGAGUGGAGCAGGAGUUGAGGAUGCUAAAUGAAGAACUGCGUAGCAUUGAGCUUGAGUGCCAGAGCAUCAUGCAGGCACAUCAGCUCCGCCAGACCCACCAGGUGGAUCCAUCACAGUCUCCUUCCUCACCAGGAAGGAGCCCAAAAGAUGGACACAAGCGACACGGCAGGUUGGCCGACAUCCACGAAUACCCAGAGAGAUUGGACAGUGAUAAGAUUAGAGAGAAGGAUAGCUCCAGUGCCUACAACACUGCGGAAAGUGCACGGUCGACACCACUUGGUAUGGAGAGAUCUCCUGAUCAUUCUCUACAGAGACACAUCAGCAUUACCAACCAGAAAAACCUCAGACUGGCUUCUUCCAUACCGUCCAGCCCCAUUCCUAUCCCAAAGCCUCAAGGUACACCUAAGGCUGUCAGACCGGCAGACCCAGGGCCUGUGAUCUCAAGUAGCCCAGACCAGAGCAACCCUUCCCGAUCCGAGUCAGACCCUGCCCUGCCAGCAGAUGAUGAGAGAUGUGAGAAGAGAGGUAGAGCAAGAGAUUCCAGGAGGGGGCUUCCCUAUGGUUCUACGUACCAGACAACCCCCUAUCCUGGCCAGGGAGGAUCCAGGCAACUUCAGAGCUACGUCCAGCUGCUACAACAGCACUCAUCCCUGGAGUAUUCCCAGAGCCAGGUGAGUCUGCUAAGCCUCUGCAGAGAUCCAGUGCACCGAGGAGGGCGCCCUGGGGAACCCCGUCUGGAAUGGAAAGUCAAAGUACGUGCUGACGGCACACGCUACGUGGCCCGAAGGCCUGCUCGUGACCGCAUCCUGAGGGAACGGGCGCUAAGGAUCCGGGAGGAGAGGAGCGGAGGCAUGACUACAGAUGACGAUGCAAUGAGUGAGAUGAAGAUGGGCCGAUACUGGAGCAAAGAGGAGAGGAAACAACAUCUGGCAAGGGCCAGGGAGCAAAGGAAGAGGAGGGAGUUCAUGCAAAAGAGCCGUCUAGAGUGUCUAAAGGAGGGGCCGGCCAGUGGAGCUGAAGGCAGGAAGGAGAUUAAUAUCUUGGAGCUCAGUCACAAGAAGAUGAUGAAGAAACGAAACAAGAAGAUCCUUGACAACUGGAUGACCAUCCAGGAGCUAAUGAGCCAUGGUGCGAGAGUCCCAGAGGGCUCCAAAGUACAUAACGCCUUCCUCUCCGUUACAACUGUGUAGCAGACACAUAAAAGUACUGCAGACUUUAAAGUAUUAAACACUUCAACAUCAGGUAGCUUGCAUUGAAGGAACUACUGUAUUAUAUACAAAAAAGUAUCAGGACAUCAGUAGCAUUCCUGAGUUCACUUUGUAACUUUCACUUUAAGAAUGUUUCCUAAGGUCUUUGAUGCUGUCCUUCCAAGACCUUAUCCAUUCGACAUGACUUUACACGGUUUUUACACCUGCUUUCAGAUAAUGCACUAGCAGAUGAACAGAUGAUUUUGGUAGCAUUUUGUUUGAGCUGAUUCAUAAAAAAAAGGUGAAGUACUGACACCAUGCUGCUGUGUAGCACCCUUACCAGCGUCAACAGGAACCCUUUGUAUACCAUGUAUUGUGUCUCUUUAUUCUCCACUCUUUUGUUUCAUUGCAUAUGAAGAGACUUCACUUGCCUCGUUCAAGGUGGCAUUUUUUAUAAUAAGGGAAAAUACAAUAUUUUUCACACUUUGUACACUAAGUGACUUUUUUGUAAGGGAAGUUUUACACUGAAUGUCAAUGUACUGUCAACCUAUUUACUGCAAUUUCUUAUUUGUGUUUGUAUCACUAAGGUCGGAGUUGACAAUAUUUGAUUGUAUUUUAGCGUUUUUAUACCAGACCAAUGAGGAACUUUAGGAAAUUCACUUAAGACAACGACCCUUUCAAGACACAUGCAUUGAAAUGUCCCUUCAGUUAGAGUCUCAGUUGAAAGCACUGGAAAUAUUCUUAUUCUAUAUCUCAAAAGCUGAUGUUAUUCAUGAGCUCGGAGGGCUUUUUUUGAAACAGUUUUACCUCAACUUACAAUCUCUGACAAACUUCAAUAGAACCUGGUUAAGUUGAACUCUGAAUCAAGUUGACCCAUAUUACAAACCAUGAAUGUGUGAAUUAUGUCUAAAAUGUUAUAUAGAUUCAUAUUUAUAUUGUUUUAUUGUCAUUUCUAUUUAUCGUAAAUUUGAUUUUUUUUUAUCUGUUUAUUUUUUUCUGUCUGAUAAAUGUAUCACAUAAAGUGGCUAACUUUGAAAGGCCAAGACAAGGAGCUGUCAAACAAAUGUAUCAUAGUGCAGCCUUUUAACUCUAACCUGCUGCUUUUCACUGUAAAGUUCAUUGAAGAGGCCUUGAGUUCAGUAUUUGUUGAAGGUGGUAUUUGUAAUAAAACAUCAAUAAUAAUAAAAAAAAACUACUGAGAAA